GCCGCCGCCGCCGCCGCCGCCAGCAUCUGGGACUGGCCGAUUCUGCACCUCCGUCCGGCGCUGCCCUUUGAUUCGGAUUUCCAUCUUGCAUUCUCCGGCGGACCGCGGGACCCGGCUCGUGCAGAGAAGGGGGGCCGAUCGCUAUGGAGUAUUUCAUGGUGCCCACUCAGAAGGUGCCCUCUUUGCAACAUUUCAGGAAAACAGAGAAAGAAGUGAUAGGAGGGCUUUGUAGUCUUGCCAACAUUCCACUGACCCCUGAAACUCAGCGGGACCAGGAGCGUCGGAUUCGGAGGGAGAUUGCCAACAGCAAUGAGCGGAGGCGCAUGCAGAGCAUCAAUGCGGGUUUCCAGUCCCUCAAGACCCUCAUCCCCCACACAGAUGGAGAGAAGCUCAGCAAGGCAGCCAUUCUCCAGCAGACGGCGGAGUACAUCUUCUCCUUGGAGCAGGAGAAGACCAGGCUCCUGCAGCAGAACACACAGCUCAAGCGCUUCAUCCAGGAGCUGAGUGGCUCGUCCCCCAAGCGGCGGCGGGCAGAGGACAAGGAUGAGGGCAUUGGCUCCCCAGACAUCUGGGAGGAUGAGAAGGCAGAAGACCUGCGGCGGGAGAUGAUUGAGCUACGGCAGCAGCUGGACAAGGAGCGCUCAGUGCGCAUGAUGCUGGAGGAGCAGGUUCGUUCUCUGGAGGCCCACAUGUACCCGGAAAAGCUCAAAGUGAUCGCACAGCAGGUGCAGCUGCAGCAGCAGCAGGAGCAGGUGCGACUGCUGCACCAGGAGAAGCUGGAGCGGGAACAGCAGCACCUUCGGACCCAGCUUCUGCCCCCUCCGGCCCCCACCCACCAUCCUACGGUGAUUGUGCCAGCACCGCCACCCACUCCCUCCCACCACAUCAACGUUGUCACCAUGGGCCCCUCCUCAGUCAUCAACUCAGUUUCUACGUCCCGGCAAAAUCUGGACACCAUUGUGCAGGCAAUCCAGCACAUCGAGGGAACCCAAGAAAGGCAGGAACAGGAGGAGGAGCAGCGUCGAGCCGUAAUUGUGAAGCCAGUCCGAAGCUGCCCAGAGGCCCAGGCCUCUGACACUGCCUCUGAUUCAGAGGCCUCGGACAGCGACGCCAUGGACCAGAGCCGGGAGGAGUUGGCAGGGACUGGGGGGCUUCCCUGACCACCCCCCCAGCCCUCCUCUCCCUUCUGGGGGCUUGAGGGGGCCGGGGCAGCAACAGGGAGUACAUCAGGCCAGCGAGUGAGGAAUUUUUACAAAAUUACAACGUCAUUUGGGUCUCUUUUAUGACCUCUUUUUCAAUACUGUAAAUCGACCUUUGAGCAAAGGCCACCCAACCUGAGGUCCUGGGGGCUGGGGUGGUGGGAGUGUGUGGGAGCACCUGGACACCUGGGGCUGGGCCUCACAGGGAGGCUGGGGGAGCUGACACUUGAGGUGCCUGGCCUCUCUCUGCCAAAACGCAUUUUUUUUUUUCAUUUAAACAUGUUUUUAAGAACAGGGAAAAUCAAACAAAACCCCAAUGGAUUUCUGCCUUCCCUAGAGCUAGCCCUACGACUGUCAGUUUUUAAUUCCCCCUUCCCUUCACUUUUUGGUUUUCUUCUUUCUCUAAGCACUUACAUGGGUUGGGGGGCUGGCUGGGUCAGGACUCUCUGGGGGUCCCGGGUGGAAGUUGCUUCUUCUUUGGGGUUUGCUGCUGCCCUUUUGCCCUGCCCUUCCUUCCCUGCCCCACCUCAGCACUAGGAUUUGCCACUCUUCACCACCAGCUGGCCCUCACCUCUCCUUCCAGAUUUCCUGUCUUCAACCCUCAAAAAUGUCUUUUGUCUUUCUUUUUUUGUUUUGUUUGUUUGGUUUUUUUUUCCUUGGUUUUUGUUUGUUUGUUUUUGGAUUUUUUUUGUUUUUUGUUUUUUGGUUUUUUUUUUUUACAAUUUUGAGGUCUUUGUGUUCAAGGAGAGCUAUUAUAUUUUGUUAAAGAAAGUGGGG